GUUAGAAGGACAACCUUUCGACAAGUAGAGUAGCUUAGAAGUACCGAAAGGAGUAGCCCUGGCGCAGACAGUGGACAUUUCUCCUCCCGCGUUGCCCACAAAGUUGGGACACGCGGCGGGCGUUUGAACAUGCACACUCAACUGCUGCAACGCCGCGCCGCUGCUGCUUCGCCUGUCGGGACUGUGCCCAAAUCAGCGGCGAUGUUUUCUCUCUUUAAGUUUGGCAAGAAGCGCUCGAACCAAUAUGUCGCGGCUUCAGCGCCUGCCCAAAGCACCUCCACCGAGCUCAUAGAAAAGACCAGCCAGCCCACGGUCGCGUCUGGCAGCAUCAGCCACCAGGACCUGUACUCGGGGUCUACGCCUCUGCCUGCUGGCAAGCAGCUCAAGCUGCAGCUGGCCGUUUGUUAUCUUCCGCACCCGGAGAAGGUGCACUAUGGUGGCGAGGAUGCGCACUUCAUCUCCGACUACGGGGGCGGCAUGAUGGGCGUGGCCGAUGGAGUUGGCGGGUGGCAGGAGUCUGGCGUGAACCCUGCCGACUACUCGCGGACUCUUAUGCUGAUGUCGCGCGCCUAUCUUGAGGGCAACGACAUCUUCCAGGAGCAAGCGGCUUCCCGGCAUGGUGUGCUCAUAGACCCGCGGGGCGCGCUGGAGGCUGCGCACAUGAACACCAAGGUGCCCGGCUCGGCCACGGCGUGCGUGAUGCAGCUGGACCAGGCCAACGGCGUGCUCGCAGCAGCGAACCUGGGCGACAGCGGCUUCCUGGUGAUCCGUGACGGCAAGGAGCUGAUCCGCUCCAAGCCGCUGCAGCACUAUUUUGACUGCCCGCUGCAGUUCGGCGCGUUCCCGGAGUUUGUGGAGGCGACAGACACGGCAGACAUGGCCGACCUGUACAGCAUCACGCUGCGGCCCGGGGACGUCAUCGUGGCGGGCACGGACGGGCUAUGGGACAACUGCUACCUCAGUGAGAUCAUUGCCAUGUCACCGCGCUCGCCCGCGGACGCGCAGUCGUCGGCCGACGCCAUUGCCGCCACUGCGCGCCGCCACGCCAGCGACACCGAGUUUGCGUCUCCCUACACGCGCGAGGCGCUGUCUCAGGGCCUGGACCUGCCCUGGUGGGACAAGCUGCUGGGCAUGUCGUUCAAGGGUGGUAAGCUACACCUGAAGCAGCUCACCGGCGGCAAGAUGGACGACAUCACGGUCCUGGUGGCGUUCGUGGAGGCGACCGACAUCCCCCCGCCUCCAGCUCCUCCCUCGGCGGAGGCGCAGAUGGACAGCGGCGCUGCGGACGCCGCGUCGGGUGUGCCGGCCCCGGCUCCUGCCCAGUAAGCAGUUGCGCACUGGCCAGAGUCCAGCAUAUUACAGUGUGCUCUUCAGCCACCGGCGUGGCUGCGCUCGGCGCAGCCUGUUGGGCUUAGAUGGGCGAACAUGAUUGAGGUUCCUUUACUUCAUGCGCACCUCCUCGCAUCUUUGCGCUGAGUGCGCGGCAGUCGCCGGCAACACCCGCCGACUUGGAGUGUUGCGGUGCUCGGAAAGGAGACAACGGGUCGAAUGCAUGAUGAGAUGGGCUGUACAGUGGAGCCGAGACGGUAGGUGACUGCGCUUGUCUGAGUGUUAGCUGAAUGGUGUCAUGAAUCUGACGAGUUGAUGAGCAGUGUGUCGCGCUUAUUUGUUGGAAUUGGGGUGGGGUGCACUGCAUUGACAAGUGGGCUGAUGAGCGCUCCCUCCAGUGCGGGCACUGCAGGGUCGGAUGCAAUUUGGCGCGGCCGCCAACGGAGGGUGUUGGGCAGCAGUUAACAUGAUGCUCCGUGGUGUGGGCAUGCUGGCCGGACGCCGUUGCUGCCCAGACUUGUGCGCUGUGCUUAGGUCCAAAUGCACGACGUUUGUAUGUUAAUGACGUCGACGUAUGCAAGGAUACCAAAGGGUUGUCCCGGGUGCUGCGCUAGGGAGCUGAGGAGUGCGGGAUAGGGAUCGGCGUGAAGUGAUGAGCCACGGGGCUGGAUCCAAGACUCGCAGAAUCCAUGUAAGUUCGCAAGCCU